CGGCUCGCCAUGGCCUUGAGGCUCCUGAGACUGGUCCCCGCGUCCGCGUGCGCGCGGGGCCUCGCCGCGGGCACCCAGCGCGUGGGAAGUGUUCAUACAAGUGCCCGGCACAAGCUGCAGUAUGGCCCCUUGGCAUUCAUACUUGGCGAAAAAACCACCAAGAAACUGACGGAGCAAAGCAGAGUGAUCACCGUGGACGGCAAUAUCUGCUCCGGGAAAGGCAGGCUUGCCAAGGAGAUCGCCGAGAGGCUGGGUCUGAGGCACUUUCCAGAAGCAGGCAUCCAUUAUUCAGACAGCACGACGGGAGAUGGAAAACCACUGGACUUAGAGUUUAGCGGCAACUGCAGUUUAGAGAAAUUCUAUGAUGACCCGAAGAGCAAUGACGGCAACAGCUACCGCCUGCAGUCGUGGCUGUACACCAGCCGCCUCCUACAGUACGCAGACGCCCUAGAGCACCUGCUGAGCACAGGCCAGGGCGUUGUCUUGGAGCGCUCCAUCUACAGCGACUUCGUCUUCCUGGAUGCCAUGUACAAGCAAGGCUACAUCCGGAAGCAGUGUGUGGAGCACUACAGGGAGGUGAAGAAGCUGACCAUCCGCGAGUACCUGCCUCCGCACGUGGUGAUCUACGUUGACGUCCCUGUCGCCGAGAUCCAGAGCCGCAUCCAGAAGAAAGGCGAUCCACAUGAGAUGAAGGUCACCUCUGCCUACCUCCAGGACAUUGAGAACGCCUACAAGAACACCUUCCUUCCAGAAAUGAGUGAGAAGUGUGAGGUCUUGCAGUACAGCGCAAGGGAGGCGCAGGAUGCGGAGAAGGUGAUUGAAGACAUCGAGUACCUCAAGUAUGAGAAGGGGCCUUGGCUUGAACAGGACGACCGCACGUUUCACAACCUGCGGAUGCUGGUGCAGGAUAAGUUGGCAGUGCUGAAUUACACGACCAUUCCUGUCUAUCUCCCGGAAAUCACCAUUGGCGCCCACCAGAGCGACCGCGUCUUUCGCAGAUUCCAGGAGCUGCCAGGUCGGAAGUACCAGCCGGGGUACAACGCUGACGUGGGCGACACGUGGAUCUGGCUGAAGUGA